UCAAAACCUGAAAUACAGAUGGAAAAAGGCCUGAGGUGGUCCUGAUCGCUGCUAUCAGGUAAGGGAGCCUAUUUAUAAAAGGAUCUGAGCCGAGGGUGACUUUAUCUGCCGAUUUAUCUGCCGUCCUGUGCCCUUUCUUGAUGCCGGCAGAAUCGGUCGAGCGAUUGGCUCGCAGCCCCAUGUCUGGGAAGAUGUGCAGCAGUAACAACGUGGUGCAGGCACGGCGUGCCGUGGAGCAAUUGCGGGCGGAGGCUGGUAUGGAGAGGGUCAAGAUCUCCAUCGCAGCAGCACAGCUGGUGCAGUACUGUGAAGAACAUGGCCGCAGCGACCCCCUCCUCACCGGCAUUGCCGCCUCAGCCAACCCCUUCAAGGACAAGAAAUCGUGCGUGCUGCUGUAGGCGUCAGCUGGCCCAGACAGCAUCGGCGGCAGAGUCCUGCAGGGGCUCCUCGCCCCCAACAGAGCUUCCACGCCAGAGUCAGCCGGGUCUUAUGGCCGAACCCAAGGCUGCGACGUGUGUGCGCCUCACACGUACGCCAGGGUACUUCCAUCCAGCAUGUGACGGCGUCCAAUCCAUCGUUGAGGGGCUAAAGGAGCCAGAAACGCUGUGAGGGCGCGAGCAGCAGACGUCAUCGCUGGUCCCCAAAGCCCUCAGCAUAAAGGCAGCAGACAUCAGAGGUACACCAUAAACAUUUAUUAUACAUUUUAUGAAUACAUCAUACAAACAGCUGCACGUCUGAAGUAGUGUUUUACUUUCAGCCAAAUAAUUUAAUUUUAAGAUACAAACUCCACGGUGACAGCGGAAACAUAAGGGUGACCAUUAGGUCACCAGCCAGGGUUCAGCAGCCUGUCACCGCUUUAGGCCCUGCAUUAAAGCCGAACGUGAUUCUAGUGCAGACAAUUUCAUGACUGCAUUAAAAUGUAAAAGUAUUUAAGUAGUGCAAACAAUUUCAUGACUGCAUUAAAAUGUAAAAGUAUUAGUAGUUUAAAUCAAAACUGAUGCUAAUUAUGCAAUAUGAUUUAUGUUAUUGGCAACAACUGAUGAUGUCACUGGGUUUGUGCGUGUAAGUUACAUUACUUAAUUUUUGAGACCAAUAUGACUGGUGCAAAAUAAUGACACAAAUUUGAUGAUGUUUAAAAAUGUAAAUAGUUAACUUUUUGUAGGGCUCAGAUGACACAAUCAAGAAUGCCUCCAAUCACAUGACAGAAUCAAAAAUGCCUCCAAUCACAUGAGACAAUCAAGAACGCCUCAAAUCACAUGAGACAAAUCUAAAUGCCCUACAUUUGCAUGACGGUUAUGGAAUUUUCCUUCAUGUACAGCUGCACAGGCUGCUUUUGUGGAAUGGAAAUUGGAAUAUA